AAUCUCUCGGGCGGGCCUCCAGCAUCUGGCUCCUGCACAUCCCCUCAGCCUUCCUGUGGCAAAUGGCCCAGCCAAGGAGCCCAGAGCGACUCUGGACUGGAGUGAGAAUGCGGUGAACGGAGAGCACCUGUGGCUGGAGACCAACGUCUCAGGAGAUCUCUGCUACCUCGGAGAGGACAACUGUCAAGUCAGAUUUGCAAAAUCUGCUCUCCGGAGGAAGUGUGCGGUCUGUAAAAUCGUUGUCCACACCGCCUGCAUCGAGCAGCUAGAAAAGAUUAAUUUCAGAUGUAAACCAACAUUUCGAGAAGGGGGCUCAAGAUCACCAAGAGAAAAUUUUGUACGUCAUCACUGGGUGCACAGGCGUCGGCAGGAGGGAAAAUGUAAGCAGUGUGGUAAGGGAUUCCAGCAAAAGUUCUCCUUCCAUAGUAAAGAGAUUGUGGCCAUCAGCUGUUCCUGGUGCAAGCAGGCGUUUCACAAUAAGGUGACCUGCUUCAUGCUGCAUCACAUUGAGGAACCCUGCUCCCUGGGGGCUCAUGCUGCUGUUAUUGUCCCGCCCACAUGGAUCAUUAAGGUGAAGAAACCGCAGAACUCCCUGAAGGCUUCAAAUCGGAAGAAGAAGAGAACAAGCUUUAAAAGAAAAGCCAGUAAAAAAGGAACUGAACAGGAAAACAAAGGUCGUCCUUUUGUGAUAAAACCUAUCUCUUCUCCUCUCAUGAAACCCUUGCUUGUAUUUGUAAAUCCCAAGAGUGGAGGAAACCAGGGAACCAAAGUCCUGCAGAUGUUCAUGUGGUACCUGAACCCACGGCAAGUCUUUGAUCUUUCUCAGGAAGGGCCAAAAGAUGCGCUUGAGUUGUAUAGGAAAGUACCAAAUCUACGAAUUCUGGCCUGUGGUGGGGAUGGAACGGUGGGCUGGAUCCUUUCCAUCCUGGAUGAACUGCAGCUGAGCCCUCAGCCUCCUGUGGGGGUCCUUCCUCUGGGGACCGGGAAUGACCUGGCUCGAACGCUCAACUGGGGAGGGGGCUACACCGAUGAACCUGUUUCUAAGAUCCUAUGCCAAGUAGAAGAUGGGACAAUUGUACAGUUAGAUCGCUGGAACCUCCAUGUGGAAAGGAACCCAGACUUGCCUCCAGAAGAACUUGAAGAUGGUGUAUGUAAGCUUCCUCUGAAUGUUUUCAAUAAUUACUUCAGCCUUGGAUUUGAUGCUCAUGUCACACUGGAGUUCCAUGAAUCCAGAGAAGCAAAUCCAGAGAAAUUCAACAGUCGUUUUCGGAAUAAAAUGUUCUAUGCGGGGGCUGCUUUUUCUGAUUUCCUGCAAAGAAGUUCCAGAGAUCUUUCCAAACAUGUUAAAGUUGUUUGUGAUGGAACAGAUCUCACCCCAAAGAUUCAGGAACUGAAGUUCCAGUGUAUAGUAUUUUUGAAUAUACCCAGAUAUUGUGCUGGCACAAUGCCCUGGGGAAACCCAGGAGAUCACCAUGAUUUUGAACCUCAGCGUCAUGACGAUGGCUAUAUCGAAGUCAUUGGAUUCACCAUGGCCUCUUUGGCUGCCCUGCAAGUCGGAGGCCAUGGAGAAAGGCUGCAUCAGUGUCGAGAAGUCAUGCUUCUAACUUACAAAUCCAUCCCCAUGCAAGUGGAUGGGGAGCCCUGUCGGUUGGCACCAGCUAUGAUUCGGAUCUCCUUGAGGAAUCAGGCCAACAUGGUACAGAAGAGCAAGAGGAGGACAUCCAUGCCUUUACUCAAUGAUGUUCAUCAGGUGCAAACUGCGGACCUGCGGCGAGUGUCUGCUCCCCCUGGCUCCUUCACCAUUCCCCAGUCUGUCCCAGAUCGCCUGAGGAUCCGGGUGAACAAAAUCAGUUUACAAGACUAUGAAGGAUUCCACUAUGACAAAGAGAAACUCCGAGAAGCUU